AUGCCUCCCAAGAAGUCUACCGCCGCCGCCCCCAAGAAGGCCGCUGCCGCUGCUCCCGCCCAUGGCAGCUACCAAGAUAUGGUCAAGGAGGCUAUUCUCAACCUAAAGGAACGCAAUGGAAGCAGCCGCCAGGCCAUCAAGAAGUACAUUGCGGCCAACAACAACCUCGGUGCUACCACCGAUGCCAUGUUCACAAGCCACCUGAACCGCGCCAUCCUGUCUGGCGAGAAGAGCGGCGAUUUCGCGCGUCCGAAGGGUCCCUCCGGUCCCGUAAAGCUGGCGAAGAAGGAAGCUAAGCCCGCUGCCGCCAAACCCGCUGCGGCAAAGAAGGUCGCUGCUAAGCCAGCGACGAAGAAGGCACCCGCCACCAAGGCUGCCGCCAAGAAGCCCGCCGCCAAGAAGGUCGCUGCGAAGAAGGCUCCCGCUGUGAAGAAGGUUGCGGCUAAGCCCAAGGCUAACGCUGGCCGUCCACGAAAGACUGUCAAGCCUGCACCCGCAGUCGUCGAACCCAAGACCGUCCUAAGCAAGACCAAGUCCGGCCGAGUAACCAAGACCAAAGCCCCAGCUGUCACGAAGCCUGCAAAGAAGGCCGCCACCAAGAAGGCACCGGCGAAGAAGGCAACUCCUAAGAAGGCUACCCCCAAGAAGGCUGCAGCAUGA